CUACUCUUUCAUUAGAGAAUUUGUAAGACAUACAUGUGUAUGGGUUCUAUUUACAGGUUUUAACAUAGCUAACAACAAAAAAGAGCCGGUGCAACGAAGCCAGUUUGCAAAGUGUGCUAAGUGUUACCCAAUAAAUACACAGAGAGCUUUUCUUGAAAUGGCAUCUUAUAAAAGAAUUAUGGUAAACACAUCCUUACCAUUCAAAUGGAAUCCAACAACUUUUGAUAAAGAAACAACACUGAAUCACACUUAUAGUGAAUUUCGGUAUUCAAUGUCGCCGUUAACGGUACAACCUCUUCAGAAAUUUUGGAACGAAACUCAGAACUUCUCUGCUGAACAUAAUUACGAUGGAUAUUAUAACAAGGAUGCCACAGUAUCAUUAAAAUUCUUUUUGAUCGAUUCCAGAAGGAUUGAUUUGACAUCGGAAAGAUUUCAAAAAUCUAUCGUAGGGCUGUCACUGAUACUUGGAUUGUUGGGUUUCCUAGGAAAUGUUGUUACCAUCAGCAAAAUUUUGUGCGAUAAAAAGCUUCAUACUCCUACAUAUGUUGCCAUUGGGUGCCUUGCUUUUCCAGAUACUCUCAAUAUCGUCACUUUGUAUCUGACUAAAUUUUCUAACCUAGCUUUAUAUGCUGCACAAAAAUAUGUUUUUUUCGGAAGUAUUUUCGAGUUCAUAACUGUUAAUUUCCUAUUUGAAACGAUUGCUUAUAGUUCUAGUUCACACAUUAUAUUCCUAUCUAUUAUCAGAUAUUUAUUGACUGUCCAUCCUUUACGAAGCAAAGUAAGAAUCACUGCGUCAUUUGUAAUGUGUUGUUCUGUUGUGGUUUGGAUUCUUUGUUUAGUACCUUCGACGUUAACUCUUUUAAUGAUAUUAUGGUCUGGUAGAUAUUCAAUUGAUAAAAUGAGAAUAACCUCAAUCCCAUUUGUACUUAUGCGUGUUGCUUUAUGUGGAUUAAUUCCGAUCUGUGUAAUCAUUGCUUUACAUUUACUGAAGAUGAAAGCCCUUAGAAAAUCUUCUGUCACAAACAGCAUCAGUAAAAGAAUGGAUGUUAUAAUUUCCAUAAUAUUAUCAGUUUUUAUCUGCUAUCAAAUCUCAAAAUUACUAUUCUCCGUUGUUGCAUUAUCUUUACUUUUUUCAAUGGAAAACAGUCCGUUUUCUAUAACCCAUCAUGCAUACACAUUUGACAUUGCUGUCCUCUUUGGUUUCCUGAAUUUUUCUUGUUAUCCCUAUAUACUCUUUUUAUCUUCAAUGAUCCUUACAUACAAUAAAAGUAGUCAAACAAAGAAACCGUAGUUCUUUACACAAAUUACGCUCAAACCGAGAUUUGACCGAGAUAUCCAAGGAUUCGAGAUAUCUAAGGAAGAAUACUUAAAGAAAAGGACUUUGGGACUUCCAAAAUCCCCUCGACAUAUCCAUGGUAUUCGACUUAUCCCGUGUUUGAGAUACCGAAGUUCAACUGUAGUUCCGUUGGAUUGUAAAACGUGUCAUUUUAUAACUAUAAUAAAUCUGCUUUAUUAUUCAGCAAAAACUUGAAUAAUACUUCAGAUGCCACCUGCAGAAAGAUAUUUUAUUUAUCUAAUGUUAUUGAUAUAUUGAUAUUGCUUCUGCCUAAUAAACAAUGAUUUUUGAA